CGGCCCCCGCCGCCCAUGGGGAGCGCGGCCCGGCGGCGGCCCGGCAGCAGGAGGCAGCGGGGAGCCUUCCCCGGCGGCCCCGCUCGCCCAUAGCCCGGCGGGGCAUGCCCGGCCCCAGGAUGCCGGCCUGGGGGAUCCUGCCCGUCACGCUGCCCGCCUUCACCAUCACCGGCAUGUGGAUCGUAUAUGCCAUGGCACUCUCCAACAACCACAUCUGCCCUGUCCACAACUGGAGUUACAACCAGUCAUGCGACAUGGAUGGCCCCAGCUCCUGCUGCACGCUGGAUCACAUCCCCCUUGUCAGCAAGUGUGGCACCCUGCCUCCUGAGAGCUGCUUCUUCAGCCUCAUCUGCAGCCUGGGCUCCUUCAUGGUCAUCCUGGUGGGACUGCUGCGCUACGCCCACCUCCUGGAGCGCCUGGGGCCAUCCCUCCUCAACACCCUGGGGCUGGCCACUGGMUGGGUCUGCGCUGCUGGCCUCACCAUGGUUGGCAACUUCCAGGUGGAUCAUGCCAAGGUGCUGCACUACAUCGGGGCAGGGGUGGCCUUUCCCACCAGCAUGCUGUUCCUGCUGCUGCAGUCCAUCCUCACCUACCGCAUGGCCAAAACCCGGGGGCAGUACUGGACCGGCCACUUACGCAGCAUCCUCACCGCUGUGGCCUUCUUCACCCUCGUCUUCAGUGGUGUGUUCUUCAUCCAGGAGAGCUUCGUGCUGCAGCAUGUGGCUGCCUUGUGCGAGUGGAUGUUUAUCAUUGAUGUCCUGGUCUUCUAUGGCACAUUCACCCUUGAGUUUGGGGCCAUCUCCACAGACACCUUCCUGGUCCUGCUGAAAGCCAGCCGGGCCCCCAAAAGUUACAAAGGCGAGAGCAGUCUGUCCAGCACAGCCCACAUCCACAGCCACGUGGAGGGCCUGGCUAUGGCCUGACCCCCACAGGAGGCAGCUCACGGUGGAGACCCCAAAUUGGGCUCUGACAGUGACUCACACAUUGAAUGUCUCUGAAACCCCAGCUGCCUUGUGUGUGUGUGUUGUGUGUGUUUGUUUAUGUCUGUGUGUCUGUGUGUGGGCCUGCAGUGCCCUCCUCUCUCAUCAGGAGCUGUGUCCAGGGCUCCUCUGGCAGCUGCUGCCCCUGCAGGAGCUGUCCCCUACCUGCCUGCAGGUUUUGGGGUCACUGCUGGGGUGCGGGGAUGCCAACCUGGUGCUAUCAACAGAGCCAGGAUCUACCCUGAGCCUCUGGGGUAGCCUGGUCUGAGUCAGGGGCUGCUGAGGGCAAUCUUACAGAGGUUCCCUUCCGUAGGGGAUGUGGAGGAACAGGGUGCUCACCCUCCCGUCACCAUGCGAGCCUGAUAUGCUGGAAGGGGAGAUCUCUGUUCUUCCCUCCUCCACAGGGGUAAAGUUCAGCAGAGUAAAGCCUUCCAGCUGGCUGCUGUGACUGUCAGAGGAGCCAAAAUCCCAGAGUGCCUUUUUCCUUCCUUGAGAGGUGGCUGCACUGCCCAGUCUGUCUGCAGCCCCCGUGAGGAUGGCAGCAGGGGUCUCUCCCUGCCUGCCUUCCUUGGUGGUGCCUCACUGCUGCAGGAUGACACCAGCAGCCCCAGCUGGACUAUGCUGAUCUCCAGUGCCAGGGCUUUCACUGCUCAGUGCAUUCCAGGCCUUCAGUCAGUGACUUUGCCCACGUUUUUUCAGCUUUGAGAAUUGCUGAGGUUUCACCUCCCGGGUCACAGCAUUCCCGUGCUCCCAGCUAGUUUGGGAAAUGAGUCUCCGAAUUUACCAGCAUACGGGGGAUGUCCUGGAGGCACCGUGCCCUCAGAGCGGACUUCCCCUCUGUAUCGCUGCCAGCUGAAGUUGUCCCAGGGAGCACAGGCAGAGAAAGGGGAAGCACUUCUGUAGGAAGAGGGAAGUGUGUGCUCCAUUCUUCUGUGACUCCCAGAUCCGUCCUCUGGUUCCUUGGGUAGCGUCUGCCCGGUGGGAGCCCACCCUGCUCAGCCCACCCCGCAGCAUCCUUGGGCUGAGGUGCAGCCCGGGGUGUCCUGAGCAGGGGGUGGGAUGUCAAGGGGUGUGAGUGUGGUGUUUGUAUGUAUAGAUCUACAAAUAUAUAUAUAUACAUGCAUAUAUAUAUGUAUAUAGAAUUCCCUUGUCCCUGGAGAGGGGCAUUUGCUGCUGCUGCUGCUGUGCGCAUUGAUCAAGUUGGGCUUUCCUAUUUGCCCACCUUUUCCAAACCGGCCUGUAAAUCCACCAUUAUAUGUAGUUUAAAGAGGAGCAUUUCUGACUUUUGUAUCUAAUAUAUUUUUUAAAAAGUAUAUAUAAAGACAACAGUGAAUUUACAAUAAUAAAAAUGAAAA